AUGCCUUGUCCUACCCCUCAUACACAGGUCGCCAUUGACCAAUCUCAGUUCUGGGACGAAAAUGGGAUACAUUGGAACUAUCACAGAAUAGGGUGGACGAUUGCUGGUGGUUGUGCUGCGCUUACGACAAUCAUCUCCUCUGUGUCGAUCCUCCAACAUUGCAGGAACUAUACCAAGCCGACACAACAGCGGCAGAUCCUGCGAAUUUUGUAUAUGCCUGUAAUCUACGCCAUUAUCUCAUUCUGUUCCUAUCGGUUUUAUCAAGAUUAUACCUAUUAUUCAUUCAUUCAAAUCGCGUAUGAAGCCGUCACUUUAAGUGCUUUUCUGCUUUUAAUCAUUGAAUACGUGGCGUCUACGGCGACGGGUCACUCUGCAGAACGAGCUUUAGAACGGAAAGACAAACAACCUUUGCCCAUGCCCUUUUGUUGUUGGAGAUAUCGCCCCACCAAGGCUUAUUUUAUGUAUACUGUCAAGUGGUCUGUAUUACAAUAUGUAAUUGUCCGGCCAGCCGCAUCGAUCGCUGGUAUUAUUUGUGAAAAGUAUGAUGUACUUUGCGAGGCAGACGGAUAUUCUAUCCAUUACGCAGCUGUAUAUAUCGAAGCUAUCAAUUUUGUGAGCAUCAGUGUGGCCUUGUACGGUCUUCUAAUGUUUUAUGGUCUGGUCCACGAUGAGCUGGAAGGGAAGCGCCCACUCGCCAAGUUCUUGGCCAUCAAAUUAAUUGUAAUGUUUACUUUCUAUCAAAGCUUUGUGAUCAAAGCGCUUCAUGGCCACAUUCACGCUACCGUUUAUUGGACGACGACAAACAUUGCAAAUGGUUUAAACGCACUAGCCAUAUGCAUCGAGAUGGUAUUCUUUGCAAUCCUGAUGUGGUGGGCGUAUAGCGUGAACGAAUAUAGGCGCAAGGCAGGGACCCCGGCAACAACCGAUUUUGCGAUGGAAAUCUUUGGCUCGUUCCGAUUUUUCCUAAAUUACAUCCGUGGAAAGCGUGAAGUCCACGGUCGUGGGCAUCAAGUUCCGACAUACACCGGUCAACCUGCGAGAUUGAACUUCGAGCAAGCCUUUGGAGUUUCAUCGUCCACAAAUUUGACUUCCCCAUCACAACCCAUGUUUGAACGGGACGCGGCGGCCAUGGAGGCCGACAACAUCAUGCUGAAGCCUUACCCCUUCGCAUCGCCAAAUCGAACCUAA